GCUGGAAAACUUUACACGACGUCGCAGGGGUUCAAUUUUCCUCGCGACUUUUCCAGCUCUGGAUUUUCCAUGGCUCGAAUGACAGCCGUCCGAAAAUUGCGAGACAAGUUCCAUUAAGGAAUGUUUGGAAAGUUGUACGGAACAAACAACGAUAAUAUUUUACUGAUCGGUUGUUCGAAACUUCGAGCAGUUAUAAGGAACUUUUAUCGCAACCUUGCAUUCUGCUGAAAAUUCGAAAGAAAUUCGGAGAAAAUGAAACGUUCGCUUCGGGGAAUCAAAAAAUUUACUUAUUUGACGAAUUAACUAGCAUCCUGGAGAAUAUUGAAAACUAAUAUUUCAUGAAUGUAUUCAUAAGUAGCAUCGAACGAAACUUUCUUUCCCGACGAUAUUAUACAGAACACCGCCAUAUUAUUGAGAAACUAUACGUGAAUAGCAAUAAAGUAUGCCUCGAAGACUAGGAAGAAAGUAAGUUCCGAGCAUUGACGAGUUGCCGGACAACGCAGAGCCAAGAUAUCUUCCCGAAUAGUUGGAGUGUUAACGAACACGAUUGUAUUUUCCAAUGGCAAAACAGUUUCGCGAUCGUGGAUUCAAAAUGUUCACUGUUCUGUGGCGAAUUCUCGUGGACGUUAUACAAUCGAGACUCGGUGCACAUUUCGUGCUGGAUGACAGGAUAUUGGAAUAGCUCUGACAGAGGAGAAAGGGUUGAUAAUUCAUUUCUGGCCACCGUUCGAUUCUUCAGCAGCUCUUGUAGAAGGAAGCGUAAUCCUUUUGCUUAGAAGACGAAGAAUUUAAUAUUUCAACGCGUAUUCAUGAUUUUCAACCCCCUCGAUAUUUUAUUCCACGUCCCAGAUCUCACGCGACAGGACAAAUAUGACAAUGCAACAAGAGAUUAAAAAUGCGAACGCAUCGUAACACGUGCUUCUAUCUUCCUGUUGUUCCGUCGAGUUGAAGGAAGGAAACGAUAAAUUCGCGCCAAAUAAAUUCAACGAUAAAAUCAUUCUUCGUCGGCGCGGUGAAUGAAAAGGAUGUCACUCGACUGAAAUCGCGAGAAAAAUGGGCUCAAGGUUGAAGUUGUUCGAUCGCGGCACACAUGUUACGAGUCUUUGCACCAGCCUGCAUAUCGAUCCCGGUCGAUCGAUAACGAGGAAAAUCGAACAGCGGCUCCUGUCACGACAAAAGUAACCUUUGCUUAUUCUUAUCGUACUGCUUCCGCCCUUCUCGUUCGUCCAUUAUCGCGACGAACUUUGAUCGAUAUCUAAUGGAUCAACCCCUUGGCGAGACAUCGACCAACUCCUCGAAGAAGAACACAGAGGUCAAGGUCGGGAAGAGAGAAGAAAGUGAAAAGGGACGAGGGAAAACAGAAAAGCAACAAAAUGUCGCUAACCAGAAAGGGGUGGUGAAGUUUGGCCAGGAUCCAACCGCAGGUCCUUACCACCAUGAUAGAGGCAAAGAAAUCGAACGGAAACGAAACGGGGAGGACGGACCGGAAAGAAACUGUCGGCAAUUCAGCGAAAACGACUGCGAAACGACAAGUUGUUUUAUAGGAAUCACUUUUGAGGGUGGGACAAAAGAUGAAGGUAAUAGCGAGGGUAAUCGUCAUCGCACAGAAACUAUGAAUUCAAGGCAGAAGGAAUUCUUUUAUGAUUUUUGUGUUCAUUUAGUCGCAUAUAUAGUUUUUGGUUUUAUUGUAUCUGGAACUAUUUUUGCUGGGUAUAUCCUGCAUGCACCGACAAAUUAAAAAAAUUAUAUUUUUACCGGAGCUUACAAAUAAUACCAUUUAUUUAAUCUUUCAAAGUCGAUCACUAUUCUAUUCUUCAGAAAAUAUUAUAUAAUUGGUAACAAGGCAUACUUAACGAUAUUAGAUAAAAUUGCUAUUCAUCGAUAAUCUGCUUUGAAAUUUAUUUUUAAACGUAACAAGGUUCUUUCAUAACCCGACGUGAAACAUUAAUUCAUCUUGAAAUUUAUGGGAAAAGAAUUGAACGAUCGUCUACAUAACUACUAGCAUCAGAAAAGCAAUCAUGUUCGUUAAUACUUAAAUGUACCUCGCAUCAAACCAUACACCAUGGUAAUU